AUGCGAGGAUCUGUAUUUGUGGACCUUCAUGGGAAUAGAAAAGUUCUGAAGAAGCCAACUGAAGGAGUCAACUUACCAGCGGAUGCUGAUGUGGAAGUAGUUCCCAAGGAACCUAAUGCGUCUACUUUAAUACCAGUUAGUAUGCUAGAACGCUCCUCUAUGUGGACUGUCCGGCCCCGCCAACAGCAUAUUCAUUGGUUUCCCUGUAUAGACAGCACACAAAUUAAACAUCGACAAUGGAAACGAACGGUUGAGAGUUCGAUCCUCGCAGGAAUUGUCCUCUGCAAAGCUGAAACAACAACUAACAUCGAAGCAGAACACAUUCUAAAAGGAUUUUUCAUUAUUUUAUGCUUCCUACGCAACCUUACUCAUUGA